AGAGAGAGAGAGAGAGAGAGAGAGAGCAUUCGUCACCCUUUCUUUGAUUUCACACGCCUUAAGAUCGUGUUUCAUCCUCUGGUUAAAUUAAAGUGCGCGUGUUAGAUAUUUUGCAAUGAUUGUUACUUGAUAAUAAAACUACAUUUAGUCUGCAUUUCGUCACUCCAGCCUGUUUUUAGCCCGUUCUAUCGUCGCCUGAUAAGGCCGGUCAGCCGUCUUACAGAUCUCACACAGACACACUACAGACAUGAUUAGAGAAGCCCUCCUCCUGCUGUCCGCGGCCAGCGCUGUUCUCGCCGCCAACCCCACCCCAUGUUGCUGCAAGCAUCAGUUCACCACCGACAUGAUCGAAGUAGGGGGUAAAGUGGACCCCAAUACAGGAACGCCAGAACCCAUCACUAUCAAAUCCACACUGUACUUUGAUUACGACGCCAAAAAACAGCGCGUGGAGCGUACGAUGGAGAAUGAUGACGGAUCGACAUACAACAUGACCAUCUAUGUCGAUUAUCACCAGCAAGUAACACGCUCAAUCGUUGAUGGAAAGUGUUACGUCACCAAUCUUCAAAACGCAGUAAUGCAAGAACCAUGCGUACCCGCUGUUGCUACAUUCGUGGGUACGCGCGUCCUGGGAUCUGCCAACAAUGGUGUCACAGUGAACUCGUUCUACGCCGACAUGCAGAAAGCCGCUAACGUCACAAUGAAGGUCUCCGUCACUGCUGACGACUGCACACCCGUGUCUGCUUCUUCUUAUGGCGUCAUAGGAGGAGCUGUUGAGGAAAUCACAUAUUUCUUCACCAACCUACAAUACAGCUUACCUCAUCAAGUGUUCCACAUACCAGCCGCGUGCCACGGAGUCCAUGGUCCAGUCGUUGGAAGGGAUGUCAAACUGCCAGUAUAUCUCCAAAGAUUAUUAAAUGUGGAAUGUGAAAAAAUUAAAAAACAACUCAUGGGAUCAAUCUCAUCCAAGAGAGUAAGUCCCAUCCACGUGGACCUGAACGGCGACUGCCCCAGGACCGGAGCUGAAGAAAAAUUUGCCAUUGUAGAUGAACAUGCAAGAAAGGUGGCCAUUGACACAUAUGUGCAAGCUCCGAAAACGUUGAUGACGUCAGAUGUAGAUCUCGUCGCCUAUCUUUGCAGAAACACCUCUGAUGACGUCAACAAAAUACGGGCAUUCUAUACAUGGAUUAUCACUAAUAAAAGGCAGUUACAAGCGCUAAGUCGAGACGUGUCAAAAGAAGAGGAUGUUUUUGCGAACAAGUUACACGCGCUUUUUAGUGUUGCUGGAAUCCAGUCAAAAGUCAUUAAAGGUGUUCAUAAGGUGCCCACAGAAAACACGAACACAAAUGCUAGCAUCCAUGCAGACCACAGUUGGAAUGUCGUCAAUUUGGCGGGAAAAUGGCACGUGCUGGACUGUCAUUGUGGUGCAAGCGAUAUUCUCCUGGAAUCAUUCUACUUCCUGCCUGACCCUAGACAAUUCAUAUCCAAUCAUUUCCCUCUCGACGUUGACCCCUCGUGGCAGUUGUUACAAGAGCCCAUCACGCUUGAAGAGUUUAAUCAAGCCCCUGUUGUAUCUGAGUUCGCCACGUCACGUGGUGUUCGGGUCGUGUUUCCGAAGACUCGAAUUGUAAACGUUCGUCAUUCGUUUGAUGUUUCGGUGGAUGACAUUCACAAUGCGUUAACGGAUUUCACUGCCGUUCUCUGUUCAGAGGAUGGACUAUCACACGAUGGAUUCGUCUUCAUCUCAAGAACCGACAUGAACACCUAUACGGUCAACGUCAGACCUCCAUUUGUCGGCAAUUUCCGGCUGACGUUACAAGGUAAACUUUCCAUAACGAGGAUAGAACCAAUCACAGAAUUCAUUGUCGUGUGUUCAGCUGUGAAGAAACACAUACGAAAGUUUCCAAAGGGGUACGGAACUUGGGGAAUCGAGACCAAAUUUCCAGAAUUAUUCAACAAACUAUGUCCCAUGCCACAGACAUUUCAAGAGGUGAAGGACGGGAGUUUAGACUUCUCUAUCUCAACAAAGACUAAGCUCGAGGUCUACGUGUCUCUCCGGCGGCUGGAAGAUGACCAGAACUUGGACGAAUACAUGAAUACAGAGACCAGUCUAUCCCUGAUCAAACUCAAGUCGCUCCUACCAAAGAAAGGAUUUUAUCGAGUAUGCGUUUACGUUCGGGGAGCGGAUCUACUGUAUCCCGUGCUUUACUUACUUGUGGAGAAUAAAAAAGUGGCACAAUGCCCCACCCCCUCCGUCGGUUACAGUAAUCAAGAUAUUCUUAUCUAAUUAUGACAGCAAACUUGGCUCUUACAACUACCAACUUGGCUUUUUAAUUUGGUUUGCACACGUGUAUGAAAUGACCAAUAUAUACAUGUAUAGGAAUCAGACCAUGGGACUGUGGAAAUCAUCUUCUAUGUGACGUCAGAUUAUUAACUCGUAAAUGAUGUAAAUAAUUCCGUUCUUGCCCUCCAAUAUAAAAUUACUUACACAUGCAAUCCUUAUUUAAAUUCAAAAGACAAGGUUAUAGGUUAGGUCAGUUGGAGAGGUUUAUUGGUCUCUAAACUUUAUGCUGUAUAUGUUCAAAUGUUUAUAUCUACAUUAGAUGAUGUGUCACAAAGUAAUAAAACAAUAAUGGUCAAAGCAC